AUGGGCGGGAAGGACGAACCAUCGCUCGAGGAGCAUGUCUCGGGACAGUCCAACAAACCAAUCUCUGCACCAGCUCACAAUCUGCCAUGGGCUACAGUUGCAGAGGAACUGAAAGCAGACACCGACGAUGGCCUUACAGCUGACGAGGCGAAGAAAAGACUGGAGGAGUAUGGCAACAAUGAACUCGGCGACGCCGGUGGGGUCAACCCAGGCAAGAUUCUGCUUCGACAAGUUGCCAACGCCAUGACCUUGGUACUCAUCAUGGCCAUGGCUGUAUCUUUCGGCAUUGGCUCUUACAUUGAAGGAGGUGUCAUCGCAGGUGUGAUUGGCAUCAACAUCACUGUCGGCUUCGUUCAGGAAUUCCAAGCGGAAAAGACCAUGGACUCGCUGCGGUCGUUGAGCUCUCCCACCGCCACCGCGGUGCGAAACGGCGAGACAAUCAGUGUUCCUACCAAAGAAAUUGUUCCGGGCGACAUGGUCGAACUGAAAACUGGUGACACCAUCCCCGCCGACGUCCGACUUGUCGAGGCCGUCAACUUCGAAUCCGACGAAGCACUCUUGACUGGUGAAUCGCUUCCGGUGCGAAAGGAAACUGAAACCACCUUCGAUGCCGACACUGGCCCUGGCGAUCGCCUCAACGUCGCCUACAGCUCCGCGACUGUCACCAAAGGACGUGCAUCCGGCGUGGUCUUUGCCACGGGCAUGUACACCGAAAUUGGCACCAUUGCUGCUGCGCUUAGAAAGAAGGACAGCAAAGUCCGACAGCCGAAGCGAGACGAUGAUGGUCACGCGAAGCCGCACCGAUACAUGCAAGCUGCCAUUCUGACCUGCUCUGAUGCUGUCGGCCACUUCCUCGGCGUCAACGUUGGCACCCCUCUGCAGAAGAAAUUGUCGAGACUCGCAGUGUUGCUGUUCUUCAUUGCCGUCGUCUGCGCCAUCAUCGUCUUGGCGGCUAACGAUUUCAGCGACGAAACCGAAGUCAUCAUCUACGCCGUCGCCACGGGUCUUUCUAUGAUUCCAGCCUCCCUCGUCGUCGUCCUGACCAUCACCAUGGCCGCAGGCACGAAGCGCAUGGUCGAAAGGCACGUCAUUGUCCGCAACCUGCGUUCGCUGGAGGCUCUCGGAGCGGUCACGGACAUCUGCUCCGACAAGACUGGUACACUCACCCAGGGCAAGAUGGUGGCGAAGAAGGCCUGGAUCCCGGCAAGAGGCACUUACACCAUCGGCGAGACCAGCGAGCCCUUCAACCCUACUUCUGGCCCAAUAUCCUUCACCGACAGAUUUCCCAAGGACAUGGCCGAGCACGACUCGCCAGGCGACGAUGCCGACUACGUGCAACUCCUGGAGGACAACCAAGAACUCAAGGACUACCUCAAGGUCGCUUCCCUUGCCAACCUUGCCCACGUGCACCAGAACGAAAGCCAAGAAUGGAUCGCUCGUGGUGACCCAACCGAGAUCGCCAUUCAAGUAUUUGCCUCCCGCUUCAAGGGCUGGAACAGGCGAGCAUCCGUUGCUGGACCGACUGCGGGCGAGAACCCUUCGUACAAGAUGCUGGCUGAGUUCCCAUUCGACUCCGAUGUCAAGAAGAUGAGUGUUCUCUACAAGGAUAUCAAAAGUGAGGAGAUGCAUGUCUACACCAAGGGCGCCGUCGAGCGUGUCAUCGAGUCUUGCACAACGUACGUUGCAGCAGACAGCGAAGGCAAGACCGUGGAAAUGACUGAGGAAUAUCGCGAGCACAUUCUGGAGAACAUGGAAGGGCUUGCCAAGCUCGGUCUUCGUGUCCUUGCGCUGGCCAGCCGAGGCUACAACGAGAAGUAUGAGGAAGGCGUUGAGAUUGAUCGCAACACCAUCGAGCACGAGCUUUCCUUCCGUGGACUCAUUGGUCUCUACGAUCCUCCACGACCCGAAUCAGCCACAUCGGUCAAGCAAUGUCACCAAGCAGGUAUCGAAGUCCACAUGUUGACUGGUGACCACCCUGGUACUGCUCGCGCUAUCGCCGGCCAGGUCGGCAUCCUGCCUUCGAAGAUGAACGAACUCAGCAAAGAUGUCGCCGACUCCAUGGUCAUGACGGCUUCUCAAUUCGACAAGCUCUCCGACGACGAGAUCGAUCAGCUACCUGUGCUUCCAUUGGUCAUUGCUCGCUGUGCGCCAAACACCAAAGUCCGCAUGAUUGAAGCCCUCCAUCGACGCAAGCGAUUCUGCGCCAUGACCGGAGACGGAGUGAACGACAGCCCCAGUUUGAAGCGCGCAGAUGUCGGCAUCGCCAUGGGUCAAGCCGGCUCUGACGUCGCCAAAGACGCCUCGGACAUUAUUCUCACCGACGACAACUUCGCCAGUAUCCUCGCCGCCAUCGAAGAAGGACGCAGGACUUUCGACAACAUCCAGAAAUUCGUGCUCCAUCUGUUGGCCCAAAACAUUGCUCAGGCUUCCACGCUCCUCGUCGGUCUGGCUUUCAAGGACCGUCGCAAUCUCUCCGUCUUCCCGCUCGCACCAGUCGAGAUCCUGUGGGUCAUCAUGAUAACGUCCGGUAUCCCAGACAUGGGUCUCGGUUUCGAAAUCGCUGCCCCAGAUGUCCUCCGCCGGCCACCGCAGAGCUUGAAGCGCGGCAUCUUCACCAUCGAGCUCAUGGUCGACAUGUUGUUCUACGGCAUCUGGGCCGGAGCGCUCUGUUUGGCUGCUUUCGUCAUCGUGCUCUACGGCUUCGCCAAUGGCAUUGGACAGGCUGAAGGUUGCAACGACAGCAUUGGUGGAGGAUGUCAGGAGGAGUUCCGGGCACGAGCUACUUGCUUUGCCUGCAUCACCUGGUUCUCGCUGUUCUUGGCUUGGGAGUGUCUUGAUAUGCGACGAUCGUUCUUCCGCAUGCAGCCCGACUCGAAGAAGUACUUCACCCAAUGGAUGUUCGACGUCUGGCGCAACAAGUUCCUCUUCUUCGCCGUCAUGGCCGGCUUCAUCACCAUCUUCCCGAUUCUUUAUAUCCCUGUUCUCAACACCACCGUCUUCAAGCACACUGGCAUUAGCUGGGAAUGGGCCAUUGUAUUCAUCGAAGCCAUCCUAUUCUUCGCGGGCUGUGAGGGCUGGAAGUGGGGCAAGCGCAUCUUCUUCAGGCGCCGCGCGAAGAAGAACAACGUCGGUGGUGGCGAUACGGAUGAUCUCGAGUCGAAGAUGUUCUCGCGAUACAUGACGGGCGAUUCUGCGACGUCCGACAACGAGCAGAACGAGAAGAACGAGAAGUCGGACGGCAGCUCGUGA